CAAUUCGACCCCUAGCCUGGGAACCUCCAUAUGCCGCGGGAGCGGCCCAAAGAAAUAGCAAAAAGACAAAAAAAUAAAUAAAUAAAUAAAAAUAAAAAAAUUAAGAUCUAUCAUAACCAGAUUUACAGGGAAAUUUUUAAAUUUUGAAUGCACGUAUUAGAAAAGAAAGAUUAAAAUCAGUAAUCUAAGCUUUCAUCUGAAAAAGCUAGGAAAAGAACCAAUCAAGUACAAAUCAAAUAAGAACACAAACACAUAGUAUAUAAAUAAACAAAUAAAUACAAUAGCUGACAAAGGUACAACCAAGAAAGUCAAUAAAACUGAAAGCUGAUUCUUUGUAGUAAUUAAUAGAUUAAAAACUCUUAGUAAGACUAAUAAUAAAAGAAAACAUCAAUUACCAAUUUCAGGUAUAAAAAAGGAACAUCACUACCAAUCCUACAGAUAUUAAAAAAAUGAAAAGGGAUACAUGAACAACUGCCAAUAAAUUUGACAAUUUAUAUAAAUGUAAAACAUUUUAAAAACACAACUUGCUAAAACUGAAAUAAGAAGAAAUAGGAAAUGUGAUUAGUCACAUCUAUCAAGUAAGUUAAACAUUAUUAAAAACCUUGCCACUCCAGUUCAGACUAGUGAAUUCUUCCAAAUACUCAUGCAAUAAUUAACACCAAUUUAUACAAACUCUUUCAAAGGACUGAAAAAUAGAAACUAUUACCCAAAUCACUUGGGUGCUAGCAUAACUUCAAUGGAUUACAACAUCCAAACCUAAAUACGAUGUUAUAAGAAAGGAAAAUGAGAGGCCAAUCUCCUUUAUAAACAGAUGGAAAAAUUCGUAACAAAAUAUCAGUAAAUAAAAUUCAGAAAUAUAUAAAAGGGAAAUGAUAAGUUAUGAGAAAAUUGUGUUAUUUUAGGAAUACAAAAGCAAUUUAUUAUUUGAAAAUUGAUCAGUUUAAUUGAUAUCAUUAACAGAUAAAAGAAAAAUCAUUUGACUAUCUCAAAGAAUAGAGAAAAAGUCACUUGCUAAAAUUCAGCACACAUUCAUGGUAAAAUUGUUUGCAAACUGAAAAGAAGGGAAUUUUCAGAAUGUAUUUUAAAAUCUACAGUAAGCAUUGAAGAAAAAGAAUAAAACUUGACUUACCCAUCAGAUAAUGAAAUUUAUGAAGCACAGUAAUUGAGACAAUAUGGUAUUGCUGAAUAAACAAAGAGAAGAAUGAAAAAUAAGACUUGAAUAAACCUAUCGUCACCUGAUUUAUGAAAAAAAUGACACUUCAUAAACAUGGGGAUUGGAACGUCUUUUCAGUAGAUGGUACAAAGUCAUUUAGAUAGUUAUAUGAUAUCAAAAAAAUAAUUUGAUCCUAUCAUUCAUAUGAAAAAAUUAAUUUUACAUGGAUUAUAGCUCUAAAUGUGAAAAGCUAAGUAGUGGAUUUUUCAAAAACACCAUUACAACAAGUUUCAUGAUUUUGGCAUAUACAAGGCUUUAAAGAGAACACAAAAAAUUCUAACCAUAACUGAAAAAUAUUUAAAAAAAUAAGUUCAGUUUUAUUCUUCAGAGAUAUCACAGGAAAAUUAAAAUGUAAGCCAUAAAUGGAAGAAGAUAUUUGCAAUACAUACUUCUGAAAAAGUACUUAUACCCAGAAUAUGUAAGAAGCUUCUAAAGACCAUUAAGAAAAAAAAGGGGAAAUGCCCUAACAAGAAAAAUAGACAAAAAGACUUAGGCACUUCACAAGAAUGCACCCUAGAAAAAUAAACAUGUGGGCGUUCCCACUGUCGGGUUAUGAACCGGACUAGUAUCCUUGAGGACCCAGGUUUGAUCCCUGGCCUCACUCAGUGGGUUAAGGAUCUGGCAUUGUUGUGAGUUGUGGUGUAGGUGACAGACACAGCUAGGAUCCUGGGUUACUGUCGCUGUGGCCUAGGCCUGAGACUGCAGCUCCAAUUCAACCCCUAACCUGGGAACUUCCAUAUGCCUCUGGUGCAGCCCUAAAAAGCAAAAGGAAAAAAGAAACAUGAAAAAUGAACUCAAUUUAAUUAACCACUGGGAAAAAUACUAAUUAAAGUUAACAUUAUAUAGCCACAUACCAGAGUGUUCAAAAUUAAACAACAAUAUCAGAUGUUGACAAGGGUAUGGAUAUGGAGCAACUAGAACUCCCACUCUUUGCUAGUUUUUGUAAAACCAUAUUUGAAAACUGUUUUGCAAUAUCUAUUAAGGCUAAAUAUAUGUACACAUCUUGAAGCACCGCAUUCUAGUUCCUAGGACUAUAUUAAACAUAAAUGCACACAGACAGGAAAAGACAAAGAUGUUCACAGCAGCACUACUCAAAAAACCCCACCCUGAAAAAUCCCAAUGUCCAUCAACUGGAGAAUAGAAAAACACAUUGUGAUAUAAUCAUACAAUAGAAUAACAGAAAACAAUGUAUAAUAAAAUAAAUUAGAACAGUACAUAACAGAUGGAUUUUACAAAGGUAGUGUUGAGUGAAAGACGCCAAACACAAGAGUAAUACUCUAUAACUCCCUUUGUAUAAAAGUUCAAAAAAGACCAAAAAAAAAAAAAAAAAGCAGCAGCAGCACCUAUGGUCAUAGAAAUCAGGAGAGUGCUUACCUUUGGGGGGAAGGUAAGGAUCAGGCAAUGAAAAGAGAGGGCUCCUAGGGUUUUAGUAACAUUUUAAUUUACGUUCUGCUUAAAAGUGUGUUCACUUUCUGAUAAUUUAUUGAGCUAUACACUUAUGAUGUUCCCUUUUCUAAUGUGUUGUGAUUAAACAUAAAAAUAAUUUUGUAAAACUGUACACUUUUGUAGACAUCCAUUAUUACUUAUUUCUUGUAUAUAAUCAAAUAAGAAUCCCACAAAAAUAUAUUUGUGUACUCAAAAUGUAUUUUAUGAGGAAUACUAAUAUAUCAUUUCACUGUGUUCCUAAAAGUAUUCUUUCGCUGGAAAUUAACAAAUGAUUAUUUAGAACUUCCAGUAAAAACUAGACAUAUGAUCAGGAGCAUUUCUGUGACUUAAAAGGAAACUUAGUGAUGCCCACCAAGAGUUUUGGAAUGAGAGGUAAAUACUAUAUGCAAUAGUAACCUAAGGACGCCUGGUGGCGCUGCAGGCUAGGAGUAUGAGGGAAAGACUCUGUGGCUGUACAACACGCCUUUAAACUAGGAAUCAGAAUUCGGAAUGCUUCCUAAAAGAAGGAAGCAUUUUAGGGAAGAUCUAGGGGCAGAGAUCUUCAGAGAGGACAUCCUUCUAGUGCAAGUCAGUAAGAAAGAUUUGCUUCGAGUUUGUUGUUUUAAGGAAAUCGUCUGAGUUGACUGCAUACAAUUGAAGAAAUUGCACCUUCUUGAACCUGAUCUGAACAAUGGAGAUUCCGCCAGCAAAAACGCUACAGAAAAGGCAAGUUUUCUUUCUUGUUAUAUUGUUAUUUUGGUGGGAGGCUGGCUCUGAAGCAAUCAGGUAUUCUAUGCCAGAAGAAAGAGAAAGUGGUUCCUUUGUGGCCAACCUGGCAAAAGACCUGGGGCUCGGGGUGGGGCAACUAGCCACGCGGGGUGCGCGAAUCCAUUACAAAGGAAACAAACAGCUCCUGCAGCUCGAUGUAAAGACCGGGGAUUUGCUUCUAUCUGAAAAAUUAGACCGAGAGGGGCUGUGUGGGGCGACAGAUCCCUGUAUACUGCAUUUCCAGCUGUUACUGGAAAACCCGGUGCAGUUUUUUCAGGCUGAGCUGGAGCUCACAGAUAUAAAUGACCAUUCCCCAGAAUUCCCAGACAGGGAAAUGCUCCUAAAAAUCCCAGAGAACGUCCAGCCAGGGGCUGUGUUCCCUUUGAAAACAGCUCAGGACCUUGACAUAGGGAACAACACCGUUCAGCGCUACGCAGUCAGCCCCAACUCCCACUUCCAUGUCGUCACUCAUAAUCGCGGAGAUGGCAGAAAGUUCCCAGAGCUGGUGCUGGACAAAGCAGUUGAUCGGGAGGAGCAGCCCAAGCUCAGCUUAAUACUCUCGGCGCUGGACGGCGGGGCUCCGCCCAGGUCCGGGACCACUGCAGUCCGCAUUGAAGUCGUGGACAUCAAUGACAACGCCCCUGAGUUUCUACAGUCGCUCUACGAGGUGCAGAUCCCAGAGAACAGCCCCCUAAACACCUUAGUUGCUGCGGUCUCCGCCCGAGAUUUAGAUGCAGGAACAAAUGGGAAUGUAGCCUACGCUCUCUUCCAAGGGGAUGAAGUGACUCAACCAUUUGUAAUUGACGAACUAACUGGAGAGAUUCGUCUGCAGAGAGCACUGGAUUUUGAGGAAACUCAAAGGUAUACCGUAGAGAUUACAGCCACAGACGGCGGGGGCCUUUCAGGAAAAUGCACUGUAGCUAUAGAGGUGGAGGAUGUGAACGACAACGCCCCCGAACUGACCAUGUCCACGCUGGUCAGCUCUACCCCCGAAAACUCCCCAGAGACGGUGGUGGCCGUUUUCAGUGUUUCUGACCCAGACUCCGGAGACAACGGUAGAAUGGUUUGCUCCAUCCAGGAUGAUCUCCCCUUUCUCUUGAAACCCACGUUCAAAAACUUCUACACCCUAGUAACAGAGAGGCCGCUGGACCGAGAGGAAAGAGCCGAGUACAACAUCACCAUCACCGUCGGCGACCUGGGGACCCCCCGGCGGCACACCCAGCACAACCUGACCGUGCGCGUGGCCGACGUCAACGACAACGCGCCCGCCUUCAGCCAGCCCGCCUACACCCUGCGGGUCCGCGAGAACAACAGCCCCGCCCUGCACAUCGGCACCGUCCGCGCCACCGACGCCGACGCGGGCGCCAACGCCCAGCUCACCUACUCGCUGCUGCCGCCCUCCGACCCGCACCUGCCCCUCGCCUCGCUCGUGGCCAUCAACCCCGACACCGGCCAGCUCUUCGCCCUGCGCGCCCUCGACUACGAGGCCCUGCGCGCCUUCGACUUCCAGGUGCGCGCCGCCGACCGCGGCGCGCCCGCGCUCAGCAGCCAGGCGCGGGUGCGCGUGCUCGUGGCCGACGCCAACGACCACGCGCCCGUCGUGCUCUACCCGCCGCCCAACGCCUCGGCGCCCUGCACCGAGCUGCUGCCCCGGGCGGCCGAGCCGGGCUACCUGCUCGCCAAGGUGGUGGCGGUGGACGGCGACGCGGGCCAGAACGCCUGGCUGUCCUACCGGCUGCUGCAGGCCACCGAGCCCGGGCUCUUCGGCGUGGGCGCGCACAGCGGCGAGGUGCGCACGGCCCGGCCGCUGAGCGAGCGCGACGCGCCCCGGCAGCGGCUGCUGCUGCUGGUGCGGGACCACGGCGAGCCGCCGCUCUCGGCCAGCGUCCCGCUGCACGUGCUGCUGGUGGACGGCUUCUCGCAGCCCCACCUGCCGCCGCCCGAGGCCCCCGGCCGGGCGCCGGGCGCCGGCGCGGACGAGCCGCUCACCGUCGCCCUGGUGGGGGCGCUGGCGUGCGUGUCGGCGCUGCUGGUGGGGGCGCUGCUGGCCUUGGCGGCGGGGCGGCUGUGCCGGCGGGGCGGGGCGGCCUCGGCGGGCUGCGCGGGGCCCGCGGAGGGCGGCGUCCCGGGCCAGCUGCUGGACGUGGGCGGCACGGGCACCCUGGCCCACGGCUACCGCUACGAGGUGUGUCUGGCGGGGGGCUCCGGGUUAGAUGAGUUUAAAUUCUUGAAGCCAAUUCUCCCCAGUGGUCUGGUUCAAGACAUUGGGCAGGACUAGUGCAAUUCUCCAAUUGCAAGAAUAGCUUAGGUUUCAUUAACAGAAAGCAUGAAAAACUCAUUGUUUGGCUACAAAUGUUUUCUUUUCAAUGAAGGCUCUUGAGUUGAUACAGUAUUUUGUUUAUAUAUUGACUUUACUAAUUAAUCGUUGCAUGUUCUUUUUUCAUCUGCUUCCUAUCUUUUCAAACCAGGCUUAUUGCCUCUAUUUAAAUAGGUGAGCAAAAAUAAAUGCUUUAUCUUUUAACGAUGAUUUCAGAUAGGUUUAUUUAAGAUGUUUGUUUCAAAUUCUAUAUCCAAAGCAAUGCAGAGAGAAUUCUGAACCCCCAGUCUUAGACUCUACCCUGUUGAAUGUAGUCAGAUAAUGUUCUUUAUAUAAUACUCUAAAGCAGCUUCGUUGUGGUUAAUGAAGUAGGUAGAUAAAAAUGUUUUAGGAUGUACCAUUUUACGUUUUACCAUCUUUUAGGGUUUUAGUACUCAAAUAAAACUGAUGCAUGUAA